CUACGCAUUUCCACUGUUCCCUGGCAGGGCCCUUCCCAGGCCCGGGAGCUGUACUGCAUACGCCCUCCUGGCCAAGCCAGGAGGGCGUGGCGUGUACAUUGCUGCUGGGUUUAGCAUGGGCCUGGCCAGGAGCAGUGGAUAUGUCUAGACUUCGUCGCCCUACAUGGACUCGUCAAACAUAAAUUGACGGCUUGCUGUUUUCGGCGCUCGCGCGGUCGGCGCUACUUCAAUUUUGGCCUGAAGUGAUUGGCCCGCAUGCAGGGGUGUCCGAAAUCCGUCAGUGCCCUCAUAGCAUUAGCAUUGAAGCACGCGUUGUGUGACAAGUGCCCGAACUAGCGGGCGCUUCGAUUUUUAACGGCGUCUCAAUGUAUUUUUCACGAGGCUUGUGGGACAGGGGUGAGGUCGAGGCUGGUCAGGACUGCUGGCGCUCGGGACUGGCGCGCGGGAGCCCAGAUGAGUGCUGCGCCGGGGCCGAGGGCGCGGAGGCCGCCCUGGACGCGCGGGCCGCCGAUGCCCUCUCCGCGCGCGGCGCGGGCCCCUGCAGCCUGGCCGGCGGGGGCGUGUGGCGCUUCGUGGAGGGGUUCGCCGAGCGCGUCACUUGGGAGGGCCGGCUGUUCCCCGCGGUGGGCUUCGGCGACGAGGACGCCGACCGUAUCCUCGAGGAUGAGGAGGCGGUCUACCUGGCGUGCCCUGCCGCUCUGUUGCUGGCGCUGUUGGCGCGCGUCGCCCGCGCCACCGUCGCCGCGGCGGGCGGAGCCGGCGGCGCCGAGCGCCAGAGGUGGGAGGAGGCUUUCGUGGCGUGGGACAACCUGCCUUGGACGGAGCCGCUCGCCUGGCAGAACCUGCAGGACCCGUUGGUGCGCCAUGCGCUCCAGGCCGGGGUCCUCCAGUUCAAGGUGCUGCAGGGGCUCGUGGGCCGCCCCGCGGAGAUCUGCGCCAGGUUCGCGGCGGGCGUCGCGCAGCUCGUCUCCAGCGGUGCGGGCAUCUCCCUGACCGUGGCUGGGGGGGAUGCAGAGAAUCUGCGCGAGUACGGCUCGCACGCGCACGCGGCUGGGGAGCCAACACGAGGCGCCUGACCCGAACCAUUGCUUGAACCUUCGCGAUGACAGGCUUCAGUUCAGGACCGAAAGAACAACGUGCACUGUCUUGAAUCCACGUUGGUUCCGGAAGUGCGCAUUGCGGGAACGUUAAUGUCACGAGACUGGGGAGUCGUAUUCAUGUGCGUGGUUGGGCGCGUGCGUCCUUUGUGGGCUCCAAAGC